CCAACUUGACCAAAGCUUUAAUCUCUGGUUUUUGCGAGCAUGAUUGAUGAUGAUGACGAUAGUUUCCUUUACGGAGACUCGCAGGAUGUGCCUGAGGUCACAAAACCGCCUGUGCCAACUUCUGUUCCGCAACCAAUAUCCCUGGAGCAAGCCCGCUCUGCAUCGCAAGGUCUAGUAGCCAACUUGGAGGCGGCCGUUUCUGUCACCGUGAAUGGCGACACAGCGCAAGAGAAUCAGCGCGAAGACCAGAACGACGAAGGAGAGGGUGAGGAGGAAGAGGAAGAAGAAGAAGAGAGCGAGGAUGACAUCGAGAUCAUCAUGGAGCCAACGGCGCGAUCACUGGACUUCCGGAAUCAAACGGGUAGAGCUCCUGCUGAUCGCUCAACAAGAGCAGCUACUCCAACUCGAGCUCCCGCGGCCCCUCGACCAUCGCUGACAACAGAGUACACACCUCGUGAGCGAGGCGGCGUCACGAAGCUGUCUUCAACACCCCAGCCUGCAGGAACGAUGCCACCCUCGGCAUUGCCUGCAACAUCCGGUACUACUACUAACCAAAGAGCAGCUGAAGGUGAGCAGCAAGGAGCGGAAGCAGGUCCGGACACUUCUACUCUCCCGCCCGCCACCGCCCCACCCUCACAUCCGACCAUCAAUCCCGCGAUUCCGGGGACACUCGACGGACGUUCGAUUCUUGAAGUCGACCUCGCUGCGCUAGCAGAGAAGCCAUGGCGAAGACCAGGAUCUGACUUGAGCGACUGGUUCAACUAUGGAUUCGACGAGAUGUCUUGGGAAGCAUAUUGCUAUCGAAGAAGAGAACUCGGAGAGGUUGCUGGCGUACUGAAGGCCAAUGUCCUGAACUUCGCGGGUAUGCCAGAAGAGCAGCUCACCGCUCUUCCUCCAGAAAUCCGCACAAUGGUUGUAGCCGGCGCGACCGCUAUGAUGGCAAGUGGCGGCGCCGGUCCAAAUGGAGGUGGCAUGAUGGCGCCAGGCGCAGGCAUGAACAUGAAUGGCAGCGCGUUGAUGAACCAGAUGAUGAACAUGGGCUCCAUGAUGAAUCCCAUGAUGCAGGACAUGGGCAUGGGUGUCGGCGGUGGCAUGGGUAUGAACGGUGAGAUGGGUAUGGGUAUGGGCGGACCCGGGCCAGGGAUGCAGAUGAGUGCGGGAGGACAGGGUAUGGGCGGCGGAGGCCCAGGACAGGGCAUGAUGCAGGAAGGAGCUGGGCCAGGCGUAGGCAUAGGCGGCGGUCCGCAGGGCGCGGGACAGGGCGCAUCCGAAGGCCAGAUGGGCAUGGGCGAAGCAUUUGGGCCGGGUAUUACGGGACCAGGCCAGGGAAUGAUGGGCAUGGGCAUGGGAGGUGAAUUCGCGAUGCAGCAGCAAGAGCAGAGCAAUAUGGGACAACAGAUGUAUCCUGGCAUGGAGAGUAGCAGCAGCAGCACGCCUGUCGCUGCGCCUACUCCCACUCGCGGCGGCGCCGCCCCCGGACAGUUUAGAGGACGGGUCGUGCCUUCCCAACCUAUGGGUCCACGCGGACGCACAGCGUAUGCCCCGCGCGGACGAGUGCCAGUGCGGCCUGCAUCGCCGCUCCCACCAAAUGUGCCUACGGGUCCGCGUAACAAAAAUAAGUACAAGGAUAUCGAUGGCAGUGCUCCUGCAGUCGAAGGCCUGGACUAUGGAGGCGGUGGCGGGAUGAAAGAAAGUGGUGGCGGAACGCCCGAUCACGAUGAGAGGGAGAGGAGUAACAGCAGCAGGAAAAGGCGAAGCUCUCCUAGCAUGGACGAUAGCCGUGGGUCAAAACGGCGAUAAUUUACAUAAUUUUCA